AUGUUUCAAACCAAGCUACAAAAUGCGAAUGGGCAAGAACUGGGGAAAAUAUCCUGCACAACUGAGAUCCAAGCUGCGUUUAUUUUUUCCUCCUUGGGGACUUUCUUUUGUGGACUUCUCAUCUUGUUCCUUUUCAGGCAAAUCUGGACGGUCAUAAGGAAAUUGCACAACAUCAAGGGAACAGGAAUUCUCUUGAAACUAAUCUUGUCAAAGAUCAUCGGUAGUAAACAUUUAAAAAGCCUCCAACUCCAUGGGGAAUUUCGGGAUCAUAUAGAAAUGUUACUUUCGGCACAGACCUUCGUGGGGCAAGUGUUGGUGAUCCUUGUCUUUGUACUAAGCAUUGGGUCUCUUAUAAUCUAUUUCAUCAACUCUUCUGACCCCGUUGGAAGCUGUUCUUCAUACCAAGACAAAACCAUCCCUAUUGAUUUGACUUUCAAUGCUUUCUUUACUUUCUAUUUUGGGUUGAGAUUUUUGGCGGCUGAUGACAAGAUCAGGUUCUGGUUGGAGAUGAACUCAAUUGUGGACAUCUUUACCAUCCCACCAACCUUCAUUUCUUAUUAUCUGAAGAGUAAUUGGCUAGGUUUAAGGUUCCUAAGAGCACUGAGGCUUCUAGAACUCCCUCAGAUCUUGCAAAUUCUGAGAGCCAUCAGGACCAGCAAUUCAGUGAAGUUUUCCAAACUGUUGUCAAUAGUUCUCAGUACCUGGUUCACGGCUGCAGGAUUCAUUCACCUGGUGGAAAAUUCUGGGGAUCCCUGGCUCAAAGGCAAAAACUCACAGAAUAUAUCAUAUUUUGAGUCCAUUUACCUGGUCAUGGCAACAACGUCAACUGUCGGCUUCGGAGACGUGGUAGCGAAGACAUCCCUGGGACGAACGUUCAUCAUGUUUUUCACCCUGGGGAGUUUGAUAAUAUUUGCAAACUAUAUCCCUGAGAUGGUGGAGCUUUUCGGUAACAAGAAGAAAUACACCAGUUCCUAUGAUGUGCUCAAAGGAAAGAAGUUCAUCGUGGUCUGUGGAAACAUCACCGUGGACAGUGUGACUGCUUUCCUGAGGAACUUCCUGCGUCAUAAGUCAGGGGAGAUCAAAACAGAGAUUGUCUUUCUGGGAGAGGUUCCUCCUUCCUUGGAAUUGGAAUCCAUACUUAAGUGCUCCAUGGCCUACACAACCUUUGUUUCUGGAUCUGCACUGAAGUGGGAGGAUCUGAGGCGAGUUGCGGUGGAGUCUGCAGAAGCAUGCCUGAUUAUAGCCAACCCUUUGUGCAGUGAUUUACAUGCUGAAGACACUUCAAACAUUAUGAAGGUACUGUCUAUCAAGAACUAUAGCCCUCAUACCAGAGUCAUCAUACAGAUACUUCAAUCCCAUAACAAGGUUUUUCUGCCAAAGAUCCCCAGCUGGGACUGGACUACCGGAGACAACAUCAUCUGUUUUGCUGAACUGAAGCUUGGACUUAUGGCCCAAGGCUGUUUGGUGCCCGGCUUGUGUACUUUUCUAACAUCUCUAUUUCUUGAGCAAAACAGUAAGGUUAAUCCGAAACAGCCCUGGCAAAAAAUUUUUGUAAAUGGCCUGAGGAACAAAAUCCUGACUCAGCGUCUCUCUGAUGACUUCGUGGGGAUGACUUUUCCUGAAGUCUCCCGGCUCUGCUUCCUGAAGCUGCACCUCAUGCUGAUAGCCAUCCAGCACGAAUCCAUGGGUUCCGGUUCCUGUGGUCCAGUAUUAAAUCCACCUGCGCAGGUUAAGAUGCAUAAGAACACAUUAGGUUUCUUCAUUGCUGAAUCUGCAAAGACUGUCAAAAGAGCCGCCUUUUACUGUGCCACCUGUCACAGUGAUGUGCCCUCUCCUGAGCUAAUUGGAAAAUGUAGCUGCAAAAGCAAGAGCCAUCGACCCUUCACAGGGACAACAAUAGUGGUAAAGACCAGCAGCGUGAAGGGAUCUCCUGGGACAGCACGGAGGGAUUCUUUUCCAGGGGAACAGCCAAGUAUGAUUUCCAACACCAGCUGUGCUACCAAGACUUUUCUCUACGAAGAUUCUGACUGUCUUGAUAGCAGCGGCAUGUUUCACUGGUGCAAAGCAACCCAUUUGGAAAAGGUGAUUCUGAGACGGACUGACAAGUCGAAACAUGAGUUUCGGAACCACAUUGUAGCAUGUAUCUUUGGAGAUGCCCACUCCACCCUGAUGGGGCUUCGGAAUUUUGUGAUGCCCUUGAGAGCUAGCAACUACACCCAACAGGAGCUGAAGGACAUUGUGUUCGUUGGGUCUCUGGAUUAUCUGCAGAGAGAAUGGCGAUUUCUCCGGAAUUUCCCCCAGAUAUACAUUCUGCCUGGGUCUGCACUCUUUGUUGGAGACCUCCAUGCGGUCAACAUAGAGGAAUGUGCCAUGUGUGCGGUCUUAUCGUCCCCAUCCACAUCAUCAGGCAGCCAGACUCUGGUAGACACAGAGACCAUCAUGGCCACCCUCAACGUAGGAUCACUGCGGAUAAGCUGCUGUGCCCCAACACCCUCGGAGCCAGAGGAGUCUUUUACAAACGGACCUGGGAGAUCAAAACACCAAAGAGUCCCCAUCCUCACUGAACUGAAAAAUCCUUCCAACAUCCACUUCAUUGAACAGAUUGGUAGGAUGGAAGGGCGCCUCCCAGGAACAAGCCUGCAUCUCAGCACUUCCUUUUCCACAGGCUCUGUCUUUUCUGGCAGCUUCUUGGAUUCCCUCCUGGCCACAGCCUUCUACAAUUAUCACGUCCUAGAGUUGCUGCAGGUGCUGGUGAGAGGAGGGAUCAGCUCUCAGAUGGAGCAGCAUUUGGAUAAGGAUAAGUUCUAUGGGCUGACUGACAGCUGCAGCACACUUUUGUCCGGACGGAAGCGCUGUAAGCUGGGGCUUCUGUCCUUAAACCAGACCAUGUUGUUGGACAUUGAGCCAAAAAAGACCUUUGGGCAAGUUUUCUGUGGCUUGUUGGAUAAUUUUGGAAUCCUCUGCUUUGGCUUAUACCGCAUGAUAGACAUCGAGAAGCGCAACCCGGAGCACAAAAGGGGAGUACGCUAGUUUGUGAUCACCCGGCCACCCAAUGAGUUUAAGCUGCUGCCCUCAGAUCUUGUGUAUUGUGCCAUCCCUUCCAACAUGCCGUGUAACAAAAAGGAUAAUUCUUAUCAAGGUUCUUUUGAAUUUAUAAAUUUAGCACCACAGGCAUCAGGGACCCCAGAGGCAUCUGAAGAAAAAAAUAAUCCUCCCACAGCUGACCCACUUGGCCCGAUGACAACAUAG